AAAACUCAAUCAAGACGAUAAACAAGUAUUAUUAUCCAAUUAUAUAUACACUCACACACACGCAUUACACAGGUACAGAGGUUCCGACAAGCUUCAAAAACAAAUACCCAAUAAUAAUGAAGUUUCACUAGUUUUUAUUCUUUGUAUUCGGCUUUAUACUCUCAGUUCACUUGUAGUUCUUCGAAAACGCCUCGAUUCAAGAACUGGGUUGUCGACAGAUCUUGAAUUUAGAGCUCUACGAAUUCAGUUUUUGACUUUGGAGACCCAUAAAGGUUUAAUUUCUUGUUGGUGCCAUGGAUUCCCCUCAAUCCGUCGUCUCACCGUUCAAGGGCUCCCCUGUUUUUGGCGACCCUGAGAAGCAGAAAUCUGACCUUUUUGCUCGGAAUUUGUCAUUUGAAGUUCAAAGCAAGAACACCGGGGGGCUUAACUUAAAAAGUCCCAUUGGCGUUCUUGAUGUCUAUAUACAUCAGGCUAGGGACAUCCAUAACAUCUGCAUAUACCAUAAACAAGAUGUUUAUGCUAAGAUUUGCCUCACUAGUGAUCCUGAAAAUGCUGUCUCGACUCAGAUCAUCAAUGGCGGUGGGAAGAAUCCGGUUUUCAAUGAAAAACUUCGGCUCAAUGUCCGGACAAUAGGUUCCUCACUCAAAUGUGAGAUAUGGAUGUUGAGCCGGGUGAGGAAUUAUCUCGAGGACCAGUUGUUAGGGUUUGCUUUGGUACCACUGUCCGAAAUCCUUAUCAAGAAUGGGAAUUUGCAAAAAGAGUUUGAACUUUCCUCAACCGAUCUCUUCCAUUCCCCGGCAGGGUUUGUUCAGUUGUCGCUCUCGUAUAGUGGCGCUUCACCAGACGUGAUAGUGCUUCCUUCACCGCCUGCUGCCGUGGCUGAAAACACAAUUGUCGAUGAUUCAGAAGUGACUGAGUCGGAUCCAAGCGAAUUCGACAAGAUUGAGUUCCCGGAUCCAAACAUUGUGAACGAGAAUCAUCGGAUGGUUUCAGAGUACUUUGAAAUCCAAUGUACCAAUUUGGACUCCCAGAGCUCUGAGAGCUUGGCGACUUCCGAUACUGAAAAUCAACAAAGUUCAGACAUUGGCAGCGAAAGCUUCUCAACUGGCAUUAUCGAGUCAAUCCAGCCUCCUAAGCAUGAUUCUCCCCCGAGCAGCGUGUCGACUAACGGGUCAUGUGACACUCCUGGUGCUUCAAAGUCUCAGAAUCAUGAAUCUGUUUCGCCUCCAAAGCAAAAUCUGAAAGAGAAAAGAGAAGAUAUCGGAGAUGCAGAGAGUAAUGUCUCGGAUGUUGCGUCUGUCGAUACAUUUGUCAAGCCUGUUGUCACUGUGAACUUUGAACCGGAGCAAAAGGUUGUGCAGCAAGACAUAGUGGACAUGUACAUGAAAAGUAUGCAGCAAUUUACUGAGUCGUUGGCGAAGAUGAAGCUUCCGAUGGACAUUGAGAGUGGUCCUACGAGCUCCGAGAGUUCGAGUUCUGAUCAGAAAUUGCAGGCAUCAAAGAACACCGGCUCGCGAGUGUUUUAUGGGAGUAGGGCUUUCUUCUGAUGUGAGCUUUUGUUUCAAUGGAGAUCGGAAGAGGAAACAAAACAAGUGACUUUAGAAAUUAGAAUCAAAAGACUAAUGUUUAAUGGUAAUGUUGUUGUAAUGUAGCAGUAGUAUGUACUAUGUAGUGUUGUGCUAUCCUUGUAUGUUGGGAUGUUCAGAUGACUGGAAAAACUCACAACCUUGUAUGUGUUACAAGCUUUGUUCGAUCACAUUUUCCUCUUUUGUUAUGGAAUUGUUGUGUUUUGCUACUCUUUGAUGCUGUGAAAAUGAACAUUUCAAAUUACUUUCUCC